CUAUGUUCUUCACAUGCUCUGUUAAAUUUCUGCUUCUCUCGCUCUCAUCUCUCUCUUUGUUCUCUAGAAAUUUGAGUGCGUGAGAGAGAGAGAGAGAGAGAGAGAGAGAGAGUUGCGGUUUGAUUUGGUUGAUUCCGAAAAUUUCUUCCAAGAUUCGACCUAGUUAUUAAACCAGAUAAUAGCUGGACAAUUGGGAUGGAUGUGGAUAGUGUCCAUGAGGCCACUGCUCCUAAUGAAGAGAUCAAUACUGCUGAGUCAGAGGCAGAGUUAACUAAUGUUGAUUCACUUGAAGGUAUUUCGUUUAGUGGAGACAUAGUGCAAGGAGUUGGAACCGCAGGCGAGGUUUUAACAAGAGUUGAACUAGAUUUGGCAUGUUUUUCAGAGAAGUUGGUUAACUUGAAUAUACUUAUGAUGCACGUGGCAACGAGAGAAAGUGAUUUUGAGGCCUUUGUAUCAGAUAAAGAGCAUGUCUUGGGUGAUUCUAUUGUAAAGGCAAUAGAAUUUGAUCUCUUAUCUGGAAUUUUGGACUCGGAGUUGAGAGAACUUGACAAUUUCAUGCCUACUGUCCAAACAGAUAUUACUAAUGCCCAUGAGAUUGUAACUUCAUGCAAGUACUUUGGACAACCUGUGGAGGAGUUGGAAGAUAAACUACUUGAUUCUGAAGAAUCACUUAAGCAGUCACUAGACCAGGUUUCGGAAAUAAGGGUGCAAUCUACCAAGUUCCAGAGGAUCCUGUCAAGUUUUGGUGGAGAAGAAAAUGGGAAUGGCGACAAGGAUGUAGACAUCUUAGGAAGUGGUGAAUUUUUGGACCAUAAUGCGAAGAUUAAAAUGCAGACCGCUGAACAACAGAGGCAUUUUCUGAGGAUGCUAGAGAAAUCUUUGGCAAGAGAGAUGGAUCUUGAGAAGAAGGUAGGUGAUUUGAGACAAAUUGAGGAAGAGUUGGUACUAAGGCUGCAAUCUUUAGAACAAGAAGUUCUCUUCGUGGAAGAAGAAGCAGAAGUUGUUUGGGAAAGGUUGUUUGAGGCAGAAAAUGCUGCUGAGGUUCUGAUGGGAAUUUCAAAAGAAACACUGGGUCGACUUCAGAUUGUUCAGUUCAAUCUGAAUGGUUCAAUUCAACGUGAAGAAAACUUGAGAUUUGAGCUUCAGGAUUCCAUGGUAAAGUUGAAAGCUAAAGACAGUGCUACACAGGAGCUUGAAGAUAAAUUAGCUCUUGCUAAUUCUGAGGCCGCCACUUUGAAAGAGAAGGUGAGUUCACUUGAGAAGCAUCUAAAAGAAUCUGAGAUUGAGUUGCUGAAUGCAAAGUCCUCUGCUGAUGUAAGCCAACAAGCCUUACAUUCCAAAAUAAAUGAAAUGGAGAAGGCAAUUGAGGAUCUGAAAGAAAAAAAAUCUGGAGCAGAAACCAGGGCUGAGAGUGCAGAAGCCAAUUGUAAAUUGCUAACAGAGACAAAUAUGAAAUUAAAUGAAGACUUCGACCUUCUUAAAGGUAGUGCCUCUGAGAAAACUGAUUCACUUGAGAAGCAGUUGAAAGAAUCUGAUAUUCAGCUACAGCAUGCAUUAGCAUCUGCUGACGCAAGUGAGGAGAAACAAAAUAUGUUAUACUCUACUAUUCAUGAUAUGGAAAAUUUAAUUGAGGGUCUGAAGUCGAGGAUUUCAAAAGCUGAAAAUCGGGCUGACAGUGCAGAAGAGAAGUGUAUUAUUUUGUCCGAGUCCAACUCAGACCUCAAUGAAGAACUAAGGUUUCUUAGGAGUAGACUGGGAUCCUUGGAGGCAUCCCUGCAUCAAUCUGAGGAAAAUAAGAUGGCAACUGUAAAGGACAUUGGCAUUCGGUCUAAGGUGAUAACAAAUUUGGUGAUGCAACUGGCCCUUGAAAGAGAACGCCUUCACAAGCAGAUAUCUUCAUUGACAAAGGAGAAUAAAAUUUUGUUACAUCAAGCUGACAAGGAUUCUUCUAAAGCUAUGAGCCAUGAUGGUAGAGGAAAUGACAAGGACUUGUGGUUUUCUAAGCAUGCUUUCAGUAGUGCAACUUGUGUGAAAGAAAAUAAAGAAGAGAGUGAUUUCUCAGCUCCUAGUGUUGAGGCGGACACUACACCAAUUAAUGUUUCUGUUGGUGAGGCAGAAUCGAGGCCAACAGAUUCGGCAUUCAAGAUUGAGACCGUGAGGAACAUAGAUGCAAGGCAGCUUAAAUUUAAGUAUGGUUUAAUGGCGGCUCUCACAUUAGCGAUUUCAGCAUUAGCAGCCUUUUUGCUUCAAAAUCCACAAAGCAAAUUUUGAUAGCAUUGGCGAUGAAUAUAUCAUUUCAUCCAGAAAGUAGUAUGUGAUGUUCAAUAAUAGAGAGACCUUGAAUGCAGCAUCACUGUUUACUACUUAUCGGUUUACUACUUAUCACAAUGCUUAGUGAGCUUUUUGUUUCCUGGCUCUGCUUUAUGGAUUCUUCUCACUUGAGUUUUGUUUCCCCGUCAUGGGCAUUGCCUUUUACCAACUUUGUUUGAAAGAGUAUAAAAUGGAGCAAUGGCCUCUACUUUAUAGAGAAGUAUGCCUUUCUCUUGCAUAUAAUUAAGUAGAAAUUCUUUAUAGAUCCUAAAGUGACACGAGCCUUGUGCACACGGGAUUGUCCUUUUUGUAGCUAAGUUGAAAUUCAUCACUUGUGGCACCAUUUGUAUGCCCUCCAUAGGGUCUAAAGAAAAUACCGUUGCAUAGAAUAUAAUAGGUGGUUCAUGGAGUUAGAAACCAUAAUUUUGGGAUGAUUUAGAGGUUGUUUGGGGUGUAAUAAAUAAGUGUAUUUUUUUAUCUUUUUAAAUUAAAAAGUUGAGAAAAAAAAUGGAUGUUUGGAUUAA